AUGGAAGAUACCUCCUUCGCGUAUUCACAAGCCACGACUCGUGCCCGUGCUCGAAAGAAUCGGAGAGGUAACGGCAGACGCGAACCGCCCUUGCUGAUAGACCUCAUAGAUCGUUGCAAAGCGGAUAUUGAAUCCAAUGGCUGGAUAACGACUUGUCUAGGUCUCUUACAAGACGCCCUGCGGAGGACUAAUGUAUCAUCAUGUCCCGAUGUGCUGUGUCUUGGUCUGGGGAGUCCCUCAUCGUCCCGUGAGGCCCGAGCGCAACUGGCUUUCCUCAUCAGUUCAUGCACCAUCUUAGAAAUAGGUCCAUCAAAUGUGUCCGUAUACGAUCCAGUGUUUACGGAUGCAGAUAAGGCAUUAUUCCAGAGCUUCGGGAUGCGAUGUUUGCCAGACACAGCAAGUCUUUUGUUCUGUCAUUUGCCUGUUUUAUUCCAGGACGGAAAGCAUGCGGUAGAACGUCCAACAAUCCUGUUUAUGCCGCAUUGUGACCUGAAGCUGUACGAAAACAUUAUCGGUGCUAAUUGGUCAGAAGAGCAACUGGCGCGCAUCAUCUUCGUUGCGAACCGGUUCAGCGAUUACACCGACAAGUACGUGUACACUAUCACUUGA